AUGCGAUCUACUAACCUUACACUGUUGGGCUCCGCCCUACUCAUCGGCCAAGGGUUUGGUUAUAGCAAACCGAAAGCCAUCCCUACGCCGCAGAAAAGUACUCCCACUGUACCCAACGAUCUCCAGGCCUUUUCAAUUGAAUUCACCUUCUUCCCGGACUAUGCUGGCAACAAGUCACAUCCCAAUGAGUUCUCCAAGAAUCUUUUGGCCAACUUCAAGCGCAUUACUGGCGUGCAGCCAUCAGUGAGAGUCGGGGGCACAUCUCAAGAUAAUUCAUACUAUGAUCCCGACCAAGAGGAGAAUAUCAAACUCAUCUUUGCGCAUCCAACUGAUGACCAGCCAGAAACAGUCUUCUAUGGUCCAACAUUCUUCGAGUCCUAUCAUACAUUGGGGAAUAUCAAUUUCUUUCACGGCCUAAACAUGAAGCAGAAUAAUUCUAUCCAAGAACUCCAGGAGGCUGCGGUAGAGGCAUGCACCUCGAUCGGUCCCCAGUUGAAACUCUUCGAGUUAGGCAACGAGUGGAACUAUGAAGCUUCUAUAUACCGCGGAGCCAACUACUCCAUGCCAGAAUAUGUCGACGAAUGGAACAGCAAAUCUACGGCAAUCAAGGCUGCUGUUCAAAAGGCUUGUCCUGGGUCCUUCCCUGGGUUCAUGGCUCCCUCUUUCCUGGUGUUUAGCCUUUUUGAGAAUGGCUGGUCUGCGGAAGAAGUCUUCAAUCUUGGCUUUGAUCCUUACAGCUUGACCAAGGAGCUUUCUUUCCACAGCUACAUGGGUGUCAACCAACCACCUAAUAAUCCUCCAGUGGGCUGGGACCUUCAACGCCGCCUGAUGAACCACACUAGCAUCCAAGAAACUCUAGCAACCCAUAUCCAGCACGCCAAGAACCUCGCGUACCUCGGACACCCUUACGUUCUUGGUGAGCUUAACUCCAUCGCGAACCAGGGUAUCACCGGCGAAACCGACACAUUCGGAGAUGCUUUGUGGCUAGCUGAUUUCUCCUUCUGGGCUGGCGCUAAUAACAUCAAGCGCCUCCACUUUCAUCAAGGCCUCAAUUACCGCUACACCUCAUGGCAACCCAUCCUCGGCAAGGGCCAACCCCCUACCACUCGUGCCCCAUACUACGGCCAGAUCAUGGUAGCUUCUGCUCUCGGUCACGCGAAAAACCCCCGCUUCGUCAACAUUCCCUUGGAGAAGGACACCGAGUCUGCUUACGCGAUCUACGAUGGAAACCGCCUAUUCAGACUUGCCAUCAUGAACAUGCAGGCUUUCAACCAAACCUCGGCCGGUAUCCGCCCCAGCAAGGAGUACACCUUCAAGGUCCCUGGUCAUCAUCGUCAUGCCAAGGUUGAGCGUCUCAUUGCACCCGGAAGUGACGCCACGAAUCAGAUCACCUUUGCGGGUAUCUCGUACGACCAUGACCUUCGGAAUGGACUGCCCGUUAUAGUUGACCCGAAGGAGGAGUCUGUGGUUGUUAAAGACGGUGUGCUCCGGAUUCAUGUACCAGAUUCCUCUGCUGUUAUUGUAGAGUUUCAUUGA